CCCACCCCACCCCGUCCCACCCCCACUGGCCUCAGUGUCUUCUUCUGCUACUACUCACUAUCAUGGUUCUGUCUUUUACGCCCCUGUGUGCUGAGCAAGUCAAAUAGCCAGAAAGAAGAGAGGUUUUAUGAGCUGAGCAAGAAGAUAGAAUUGAUUGAGUGUGCUGUGUGAGGGACGGGGGAGAGAAUGUCUGAUGGGAAGCCAGCGUUUCUGAACGAUGAGCUAUCAAAACGGACCUCGAUUUUCGGGUUGCGUUUGUGGGUUGUUCUUGGAAUCUGCGUCGGUGCGGCGAUUGUCAUCUUCCUCUUCCUCAUCUCUCUCUGGUUCACCUCAAGAAGGAACAAGAAGACCUCAUCACUGUUGCUAACUCACAAGAAUUCCGCCAUCCCGAAUGUUUCCAGGGAAAUCCAGGAAAUCCGGGUUGACCCGACCCGGAAGCCUGAGACGAACCCGAAGCUGCUCCUCCCGGCACCUGGGUCCGACCCAGUUCCGGAAGCCGACCCCGGUGAGGACCAGAGAAUCCACAUUGAGAUUGGAAAGGGGCACCGGAUUGCCUACCCCGAGAAGGUCGGCCCGGUGGGUUCAGGAUCGGGUCAUGGGAGUGGUGAGGCCCGGCCCGGUGCUGAGGCGGGUGCUGCCAUGCCCGGGCCAGAAGUUUCGCACUUGGGCUGGGGCCAUUGGUACACUCUAAGGGAGCUCGAGGAGUCUACCAACGGAUUUGCUGAUGAGAAUGUGAUCGGGGAAGGAGGCUAUGGAAUUGUUUACAGAGGUGUUUUGGAGGAUAAUACUAAUGUGGCUGUCAAGAAUUUGCUCAAUAACAGGGGUCAAGCAGAGAGGGAGUUUAAGGUCGAAGUUGAAGCGAUUGGACGCGUUCGACAUAAGAAUUUGGUGAGGUUGCUUGGCUAUUGUGCUGAAGGAGCUCAUAGGAUGCUUGUGUACGAGUAUGUCAAUAAUGGAAACUUAGAACAGUGGCUUCAUGGUGACGUAGGGCCUUAUAGCCCUCUUACAUGGGAAAUUCGAAUGAACAUCAUUCUUGGAACGGCAAAGGGGUUGACGUACCUACAUGAGUGUCUUGAACCUAAGGUUGUUCACCGUGAUAUUAAAUCGAGCAACAUUUUAUUGGACAAACAGUGGAAUGCUAAGGUAUCAGACUUUGGUCUGGCGAAGCUCAUAGGCUCAGAAAGGAGUUACAUCACCACACGAGUUAUGGGAACGUUUGGCUAUGUCGCUCCAGAAUACGCCAGCACUGGCAUGUUGAACGAGAGAAGUGAUGUUUAUAGUUUCGGCAUUCUCAUAAUGGAAAUUAUUACAGGGAGAAAUCCAGUGGAUUAUAGCCGUCCCCCAGGGGAGGUGAACCUGGUUGAUUGGCUUAAAACAAUGGUUUCGAAUCGGAAUUCGGAAGGAGUUCUGGACCCCAAGUUACAUGAGAAGCCUUCUUCGAGAGCAUUGAAACGAACCCUUUUGGUGGCUUUACGCUGUGUUGACCCGAACGCCCAAAAGAGGCCGAAGAUGGGGCACGUAGUACACAUGCUAGAGGCUGAUGAUUUUCCCUUCCGUGAUGAGCGAAGGGGUGGACGGGAGCAUGGUCGAUCACAUCGUGACAGCAUGAAAGACAGGGUAGUGGAGAAGCGCAUAACCGAACCAGGAGACAGUAGCGGAUAUGAAAGCAGUGUCCAAACUGACAGGUCUUUGUUGAGGAAGCAAGAAACCGAUGAAGAACGGUAAGAUAAAGACCACCCUAUCGUCUGUUUCGCUGUCCUGAAACUAUCGGUACACUGCUAUCCUAUGUAAAUAUCAUCGUUUUGCCUUUCGCAAUUUGAGUUACAUCAUAGUUGUGAGUGUUCAUGCUAUGUAGCAGAUGUUGAGGUUGUUUUAAGCUGCACAUUUCUUGAAAUUGAUUCGUUUGUUUGUCGAUGUUU